UUAUUUAUACGAACUAAUCGGUGCCGUACACUACAAAUUACAUUAUAUCAUGCAGAACUUAGAGUGUUUUAAUUAUUUAAUUCUUUAUCCUGUUCGUGGUGCGGAACGUCCUGUUCUAUAAUUUAUUUAUUUGAGUCUCCGGUAACGUCUCAUGAUGAUGACGUAUAUUUGGCGCGUCUUGCCAUCUACUGUAGAAGGUGUCUGUUGUGGUGGACGACGACGCUCAAAAUUCUUAUAUUUACCCUGUAAACGGUAUAUUAUUAGUGAUGUCUCAACAACCACAACAAACUGUGCCCACCGCCCCGGACUCCCCGGCCCUGGUGGUCACAUCUAACGUGCAGAAAUAUGCAAUAAAGAAGAAGAAAGUGCUCAGUGCUGAAGAAACGGAGCUGUUUGAACUGACACAGGCUGCAGGAAUCAUCGUGGACCAGGAAGUCUUUAAGAUCAUAGUGGACCUGUUGAAGAUGAACGUGGCCCCUCAGGCCGUGUUCCAGACUCUGAAGGCCAUGUGUGCAGGCCAGAGAGUCGCGGAAAGCUGCGGCGGAGACACGUCGACCGUCUCCCACACGACCAGCGUCACCACGGCACCGACAGAGCCCAGAGACGAGGACUCUUUGGUCUCUGGAAAGAGCCCUAAGCCUCCUGCAGCCCCCCCCUCAGCGUCAGGCCCCCGAGCCACAAGGGUCAACACUAAGAUUGUGGUCUACGGCCCCCAAGACGCUAGCUCUCCUCACUCUCAAGUUCGCAGUAAAGCCUCGGCGGGCCACUCCGAGAAGAGCAGGGAGGCCUCCAGCCAGAGGGUGCAGCGGCAGCCCAGCGCCACUAGAGGGCAGAAGGCCAAGAGCUCGGGCAGCAGCAGCUCCUCAUCUCAGAUAAACUCCACAUGAGACCCGCGUCCAGGGUGACUCCGUCUGUAAAUAUGUAGCUUCCUUUUACACUUAAUUUAUGUCUUUGUUUAACUGUGUGUUGACUGUUUGUUAAAGGACUGGUUCAGCUGAAUCAUCGAUAUAUUCUCAGGCUUAGAAAAUAAAAUGAAAGCGACUGUGUGUGACUGGAUAUAAUUUAGAUGAACCAGUCCUUUAAAGUCCCAACACUGUAUGAAAAAGUGUCUCCUAGUUCUUCUUCUUUUGGCAAAAAUAUUUUCUACUUGUUCUAAAUUUAAAUGUCAUUUUUAUAUUAUGAUUUAUCUCAUUAAUAAAUCCAGUCAAAAUAUA